AUGGAUGUUGUAUGCAGCGGAUUUGUUCUUCUCAUGAUACUGCCUAUCGCACCAGUAGCAAUUGCAGGAGCAGCAAAGGAGUCUGCUGUGAAUUUAUUGGAAGCUGAAGCACUGCGCAAGAGUGGCUGGUGGGGAGACACUACUACUGCAACAAACGUCUCUGCCCAUUGCUAUUGGUAUGGUAUCAUUUGCAACGAUGCUGGUAGUGUUACCGACAUACUACUUCGAAACUACGGAAUUCUAGAUGAGUUGACAAAUUUCAGCUUCUCUUCUUUUCCGAACCUGGUUAGUCUAGAUCUCAUUGGAAAUGGACUUCACGGAGCCAUCCCACAUCAAAUAGGUGCACUCUCCAAUCUCACCUAUCUCACUUUGUCGAAUAAUUUUAUCGAGGGCUUUAUUCCCUCCUCCAUCGCAAACUUGACAAAUUUGGUUACUCUAAACUUGAGCUACAAUUCCUUUUUUGGUGCCCUUCCUUCGGCCCUUUUCCGCCUAACCAAACUAGUAUCUCUUUCAGGUGCUGAGAAUCUUAUUUAUGGUUCAAUUCCCUCUGAAAUAGGAAAUUUAAAAAUUUUGAAAUUUCUUGUCCUUGGGUCCAACCGGCUGACUGGACAAAUCCCUCCGACCCUUGGCAAUCUAAAUACUCUGUUUUCUUUGGACCUCUCUUCUAACCAAAUAAGUGGUUCCAUACCCCUUCAACUUUCCGAUAUAUAUUCUCUAAGAUUUCUAGAUCUUUCCUCAAACCAACUUACUGGCUCAAUUCUUACCCAAUUUGGGGAUCACAUUCUUAAAUCCGAGGUGUACUUUUUGUAUUUCAAUCUUUCCCACAAUAUUCUCUCUGGCACUGUCCCCUCGUCUCUUCUGCGACUGGGCAACGUCGACCUGUCCUAUAAUGCUUUGGAAGGUGAGCUUCCGUGUGAGCUUGUCAAUCAGUUUGGUUCAGAAAAUUUUGCCGGCAAUCCAGACUUGCGUUGCCCUUCCACUCUUUGUGGCAUUUCUCCUUGUGUUAUGAAAAAUCACAGACAUCACCCCCCAUACUACAUCAUAGGUCUUGGCGUGCCCUUCUUGGUGUUCUCAUUAAUUGGCGGAUUAGUGCUUUAUAUCUUCCACAGAACCAAAGUCAAGAAAGUGGAAGUUGAGCUGAUGAACAAUAAACAUGGAGACAUUUUCAGAAUAUGGAACUAUGAUGGACAUAUGGCUUACGAAGACAUAAUUAAAGCAACCAACGAUUUUGAUGUCUGUUAUUGCAUCGGGACAGGAGGGUAUGGCUCUGUAUACAGAGCGCGGUUGCCAAGCGGGAAAGUAGUGGCUUUGAAAAAGCUUCACCGUUUGGAAGGCGAGAAUCCAAAUUUUGACAAGAGCUUUAGGAAUGAAGCCGACAUGCUUUCUAAAAUCAGGCACAGGAACAUUGUAAAGCUCUUCGGAUUCUGUCUGCACAAGCGAUGCAUGUUUCUGAUUUAUGAGUACAUGGACAGAGGAAGCUUGUUUUGUAUCUUGCGAGAUGAAACUGAAGCUGUGGCGCUGGACUGGAUUAAAAGAGUGAAUUUGAUCAAGGGCAUUGCCGGUGCAUUGUCCUACUUGCAUCAUGAUUGUGAUCCGCCAAUCAUUCACAGGGAUGUAUCAAGCAACAACAUUCUUUUGAAUUCACAGCUCGAAGCAACUCUUUCUGACUUUGGAACUGCGAGGAUUUUGGAACUUGAUUCAUCAAAUCAAACGGUCAUUGCGGGCACCUUUGGUUACAUGGCCCCAGGUAGGUUACCUUGUUAUCCUAGAUCACUUUCUUCUUUUCACCAACUUGUUUUUCAUAUGCACAUAUUAGGCUUAACUUUCAAGGACAGAAAAGGAAAAAUUCUUCCAAUUGAAAUGAUUAUUUUGUUGAAUAAGCUAGCCUAUACCAUGGUGGUCACUGAAAAGUCUGAUGUGUAUAGCUUUGGCGUUGUGGUGCUGGAAACGCUGUUUGGAAAGCAUCCACAAGAAUUCCUUUCCUCCUUUUCAUCACAACCCAAUGAACCAAUACUGCUGAAGGAUCUUCUUGAUGCCCGCAAAGGAACUUGGGCCUCCUCUGCAUGCAAAAUAAGUUACAAGAAGUCCAUCAAAAGUGUUGGCAAUGUAAAGUAUAAAUCUUCUGAUGAUGAUAAUGUUGACGAAGAAAUUAAUGAUGCUAACGAUGACGCUGAUGUUACUGAUGCUACAUGUGAUGAUGAUGAUGGUGAUGGUGAUGGUGAUGUUGAUGAUGAAACUGGUAUUAACGAUGACGCUGAUGAUGAAACUAAUGAUACUGAUGAUCAUAAUGAUGUUAAUGAAGUUCCAGCUAACUCUUACAACUCUAAAGAGCGGCUUGUGUUUGUCAUGUUCCUGUUCUCAAGUGCGGGAGCACGUUCAGUCAAAACGUCUGGUAUUCAGGAUCUCCACGGAGUGGGAGACAGGAAUAGGAAGGUUGUUGCUCCAGGAAUACUCACUCAUUCUAUCCUGAAGGAAAAGUGUGGGGAAUACUUGCUGGUUGGCAUACUGUGUUUUGAGCUGAGUACUCCUUUUCCAAUAUUUGAUAACUAG